GCCUUAUGAGGUUGGGGUGUGAUCUCUUGCAACACUGCUUCACUAGCUCUUCUUCUGAUACAUUUCCAAAGGAUGAAAAGUUGAAGUGGCAAAUCUUCCACUAUAACGAACUUGCCAAAGCCACAAACAAUUUUGAUCGAUGUAAUUGUCGUGGAUGGGGAGACUUGGACACAGUAUAUUAUGGCAAACUUGACAAUGGAUUAGAGAUUGCAAUUCAACGCUUUCAUGAAGAAAAGCGCCAAACAUUUCAACAGUUCAUCAAUGAAAAUAUGAUCCUAAAUUACUUGCCCCACAAAAAUCUUGUGACGAUUUAUGGGCGCACCUCUGAUGAGGAAUCCAUGCUAGUACAUGAAUACCUCUCCAAUGGCACUCUUGCUGGUCAUCUUCAAUGUGAAAUUGCAGAAAGCAGCACGUUACCUUGGCUUACCCGAUUGGAUAUUGCCAUUGAUACUGCAAAAGCAUUGGUCUAUCUUCACUCUCAUGGCAUCAUCCACUCUGAUAUAACUUCAAGCAAUAUUCUCCUAGAUAAGAACUUUUGUGCUAAAAUUUCUAACUUUCUAUUAUCAAGGAAACAUCCAGAGGGAGUUUCUGCCAAUGCUACUACACAUGUUGCAAGUGAUAUAAUAGGAACAUGUGGUUAUAUAGAUCCGGAGUAUCAGCAACAUGGCUGUCUUAGCGUACAAAAUGAUGUGUAUAGUUUUGGGGUGGUGUUGAUUGAACUUAUAUCAUCAAAGCUUGUUAAUUAUUGGGAAGGGAGUGACGGUGAUAGCUUUGCUACUAUUGUAAGUAGAAAAAUCCAAAACCAAUCAUUGGAGGAGCUAGUGGAUCCAAGACUUGGCUUCCAAUCAGACCAUAUCAUCAAGAAGACAAUAAUUGCUGUAGCAGAGCUUGCAACUCGUUGCUUGCAAUGUCCACUAGAGCUAAGGCCAUACAUGGUACAGGUGCUAGGGACUCUCCAGUCUGUAAGACCUAAGAAAGAUAAAGAAAAACCGAAAAAAGAUUCCAUUGAAGACUUAACAUUGAAUAAAAAGGAUGAUAGCACUAAGAAAAAAACGAGCAAUGACACUGAUCAAAGUUUCAAAUUCUUCAACCUUGCUGAACUGAAAGAAGCCACUGGCGGUUUUAACACUAGUCUCGGAGAGGGUGGGUAUGGCACUGUAUAUUAUGGAAAACUUAGAGAUGGGCGUAAGGUUGCAGUUAAACGUUUCCAUGAAAAGAGUGACAAGACCGUGAAGCAAUUCAUGAAUGAAAUUAACAUGCUAAGUCUCUUGCAGCAUCAAAACCUCGUUUCAUUCUAUGGAUGCACUCAUCUAGACAGCAAUGAAUACCUGCUAGUGUACGAGUAUGUCUCAGGUGGCACUCUUUCUAAGCAUCUUGAUGCAUUUUCUGGAAGCAAACUAGCAUGGCAUACCAGAUUGAAUAUUGCCAUUGAGACUGCAACUUCAUUGGUAUUUCUUCACAAUUCAGGUAUAAUCCACCGUGAUGUAAAAGCAAGCAACAUUCUGUUGGAAGAGAGUUUUAGAGUUAAAGUGGCAGAUUUUGGACUCUCAAGAUAUUUUCCAGAUUUUGUUACCCAUGUUUCAACUGUUCCAGUAGGAACUCAUGCUUACAUAGAUCCAGAUUAUUAUCAAUCUGGCAGAGUUAGUGACAAAAGUGAUGUCUAUAGCUUUGGGGUGGUCUUGUUUCAGCUUAUAUCAUCCAAAUGCCCAAGUGUCAAGGAGGGAAACGAGUUUGUCACUCUUGCUCACUUUGCAAUGAAUAAAAUCAUAAACAAGGCAUUGGAGGAGCUCGUGGAUCCAAGUCUUGGGUUUGAUUCAGACAAAAACAUAAUGGAAAUGAUAACAGCUGUGGCAGAGUUAGCAUUUCAGUGCGUGCAGUGUCCCAAGGAACUAAGACCAUCUAUGAAACAGGUGCUAGAGAUCCUCAAGGGCAUAAGGAAGGGAACAUGGGGAUUCAACCAGAUAACAUAGUCUUAAUUUCUAGCCAGCAAUGCAGGCUCCUGAGGCCAUGUAUCAAACCAUUCAUUGUUAUUUUGUAUGUUAUUAGAGUAUAUGAAUCUGAGUGUGAAAAGUAAAAGUCCUUAUCAAUUAUAUUGACAAUCUC